AUGAAGGGAGUCAGGGUGCUACUGCUGCUGCUGCUGGCCUGGGCGCGAGCCGAGCACCGAGGCAAGGACUACGUCCGGGACAAAGUGUGCCAGGAGUACAGGACCAUGGGCAAGGAGGACUUCCGAGCCCUCACCAUUAUCAUGAACAGCAAGAAGUUCUCCAACGCCACCUUCGAGGAGAUCAGCCACCUGGUGCACGAAAUCGUCUCGCUGGCCGAGACCUGCUGCAGCGAGAGUGCCGACCCCUCGUGCUACGACGACGGGAGUGAGCUCUGCGCCGACUUCGCCAAGGACCCCAAGGGCUUUGCCGACAGGUUUCUCUACGAGUUCGCCAGCGACUACAGCCAGGCGCCGCUGCCCGUGCUCCUGGGCUCCGCCAGGAGCUUCCUCUCCAUGGUCUCCACAUGCUGCAUGUCCCCAGCGCCCACCACCUGCUUCCUGAAAGAGAAACUGCAGAGAAAAACCCUCUCCCUGCUCACUCUGCUGUCGAACAGGGCUUGCUCACGCUUCACGGCAUACGGCAAAGACAAGAUGAAGUUCAGCUACCUAACAACGCUUGCUCAGAAGACGCCAAGUGCUUCAUUUGAGGAAAUUUUCCCUCUAGCAGAAGACGCUGCUGAGAUGUUUGCCCAGUGCUGCGACUCGGUGGCUGAAGACUGCAUGCAGAAGAAGGUAGGAAGCGCCGGGGCCGCCACGCACAGGGCGCUCUGGCCACAACCCGCUCCCUACCGCGCUCCGGCUCUUGAGGUGCCAGAGGACACGCAGCCCCGUGACCCGCACCCCCUGCUCUGCCCCAGAUACAUGUUUGAGACGGCGCGGCGGCACCCCAGCGUGCCCGACGUCUUCCUCAGCAAGCUGUAUGACACGUGCAAGGAGGCCAGGGAGCAGGGCUGCAGCACCAAGGACUCCUCUGCCUGCCUCGACAGCAAGAAGCAGCAGGUGAGAGGAGAGCUCCUCGCCUUCGUGGCGAAGGCGGAUGAGCUGUGCAGCCUUUACCACAGGCUGGAUUUCCUCGACUUCAAGAAGCGGGUGAAGGAGGCCCUGGUGCAGAGCGCGGGCCCUGGCACGGCGCCCGAGCACCUGGCGGAGCUGGCAGAGCGACGGGCCGACUUCGCCACCCACUGCUGCUCGGCCAAUGCGCCGCCCCGCCACUGUGCCCAGCAGAAAAACCCGCCCCGAAGCGGGAGCUGCCCCGCGGCCCGAAGCCCACUCAGGGACCCUCUGCCUCUCUUGCAGGUGGGCACCGAGAUGGGGCAGGCAUGA